AUGUAUUCGACUGCACUUUCCGGUGUGCAGGGAUUGCUACCGCCAGACACCGACUGGGUGUAUGCCAAGAAGCGGGAGGCGCAGGAGAUCAUUCCUGGACUCUGGCUGGGGCCCUUUGGUUCUGCUCGAGACCAGGAGUUCUUGAAGCGAGUAAACAUAACGGAUGCCCUGGUCGUCCGAGCACCGGAGGAAGCCAGAAUCAUUUGUCCGAAGUACCCGGAAUUCAUCCACUACGAGGUGCUGGAGUGCCGUGACAGCCCUUUCGAGAACAUCAUUCGAUUCUUUGCAGAUGUCAAGCUGCUUCUAGAUGCCGUCUUGGCCAGAGGUGGUCGAAUUCUUGUUCAUGGAAAUGCAGGCAUGUCCCGUUCUGCUGCACUUGUGGUCGCGUAUGUGAUGGAGAAGUUCAACCUUCCUUCCGACCAGGCACACACUUAUGUGCUCACUCGGCGACACUGCAUCUCCAUCAACGAGGGUUUCCGGAACCAAAUCCGGGAGUAUGAGAUGCUCCAUAGA